CUAUCUCUAAGCAUAAGCUGUUUUAUUACUUAGCUUAGCAUGAGUUUCACUUCGGAAUCAUCAUGGUUAUCGAGAUUACCUCUAAUGCUGACCUUCCAAAGUGUCUAAACACGCCGUCGAAACAGAGCACAAAAGCACGUCAACUGGUCAACUUGCACUCGGACAUCCCCUCCAAGAAGGCUCGAGGGCCCAAUUUACAAGGUUUUUUCAGUAGGACAGUAAUCGUAACGCUGCAAAAUGGCGAGGAUGUCGUCAUACAAUUCCGGCCCGAACCCCUAGAUCUUGAGCCGUUCUUACUUGCCCGGAGAGUGCUCGGCGAGGUUGUCCCUGACAUCAAAGUAAUUCAAGACGCAGAAUUGGAACGUGAGGGCAUAUGGGUUUACUGGAUGACGUGCAUUCCUGGAAAAACAUGGCUUGAUGGUGCAAGAGGAAGAACCUCACAAACCAGAGUUACUACCGUCCGAUCCUUAGGCCGAAUUUUGUCAAAGGGCUAUGUCGACGAUAGCAGUGGUUCGGUGAUUGAUCAUAAGGUUCGCCCGCAUCUAGAACUACUCCUCGCCUCUGAGGAUCCCCAGAUUCGCCAAUUCCACCUCGUGGCGAGAGAUUUGCUUGGCAAAUUAGACCAGCUCAAGAGUCUACCACUUUUUGUCGCUCACUUCGACCUGAACGAGGUCAACAUCAUGGUUGAUGAUAACUGUGAGGUUUCUGGUAUCGUUGACUGGGAACUAUCAACCCCUCUUCCCUUUGGCAUGGGCUUUGGCCGCGUCCACACCCUUGCUGGCGAAUAUUCCGAGCAAAAGUUUUAUAUGCCCCCCGAGUUCGACGACGCGGAGAGAGGGUUCUGGCAAGAGAUUUGGGAUGGGAUUCCUGAGAAUGUACGCAGUCAUGCUAAACCGGAAGCGGUCCAAAUUGCUGUCACGCUAGGGACACUUCUGGAUACAUUCCAGCUGGACGAAGGCAAAGUCGGACCCUAUAGCUCCGUAGCCGUUAACGCCCUCCCAAAGUUUCUCACCUACCGGAUCCCCUUGAUAAGGGGUCCAGAUUCACCACCAUACUCAGAAUGAGUGUGAAUACAGACCGAGUUGUGACUACCGAUGUAAUCAGAUAUCGGGACAAAUAGUUUAGAUACGCUCCACAGCCGCACAGCGACACGAGAGGAUUCUCAGAAAGAAAGGCAGCAAGGAGGCAUCGAGGAAGUAUCCACGAUUUUCUCCCAACGCAUGCAUUCAUCAUCAAUGGAUUCUGUUAUUUUAAUUCCAAAGACGAAACGUGCAUGCCAACUCUCACGGCUACCCAAAGAUGUCUUGAUUCUUUAGUGAACUAGAAUCGUUUACCUAUGAAGAGAGACGUACCUUGUUAAUGGUUAGUGAACUACAGUACUUGAUAAAUCCAUGCGUUUACCCAU